AUGGCGGGGGGAUACUUCGACCUCCCCGUCUCCCGCCGGUCCUGUACUUCUGAUGCCUUGGGAACAUCCAUCAAAACAUCUUCAGGCUCGCGGACAUCCUCUUUACCCGCGUAUACCGAAGCUGUUAAUCCUGCAGGCCCGCAGUCUUCGCCAGAAAGAUCCAAUGACGUGGGCGCUCAGGGCAGGCAUCAGAAUGCCGGCAUUCUACCCAGCACCAAUUGCGUCAAUUUUAUCGUGGUCGAUCCCGAGCCGAAGGAGUCCACUGGUAGUGAAGCUACAGUCGAAUACCGACUGGACUGUAGGGGGAGCUCACAGCUCCCUCAAAGACCCGCCCCCACUGCCAACAUUCCAUUCAUCCAGGAAAAGGGAGCCGUGGACGCUCAGCGGGAACCCUCAAUAGAAGAUAAGCAACCAGGCGUGUCAGCCUAUGUCACCGACCUGACGACCAAUGGGAAGACCAGCUCUUUGCUUGUAGGGGACAAUGAGAUCAGUCGCGGGGCCAAAGGAGGUACGACUGACAAGGGGCGAACAAUAUGCUAUGCCCGCCAAAGGGCCCGACGACUGGCAUCCCUUCUGAGUCGACGCCAAAAAUCUCCGAAGCCAAGUCCUCAAACCAACUUGAGCACAUCAAUUGCUUCCACUUCCAUCCCCAACGAGACUGUGUUCUCUUUAGAGGAGGGCAAUGGAAUUUCUUUGAUCAGCAUCUCCGAGAAACAACAACUGUUUGGCGACUUCGCUGCAGCGACUAUCACGUUAACCGAUGAAGAGGAAGCGGGCGAGCUAGACGGGCGAUCUACAACGCACACUGCAGAAGCCCAGUACAUCGUGCGCCAAAUGUCCCGACGAGAUUUUUCCUCUUUUAUUACCGGCGUUCGAGCCCCCUCGCCCGGCCCGCUAUCUGGCCAGGUUACUCCGUCCGAAGGCCGGCACUCGGAGAGCUCCCUCGAGCGGCCCAAGCACUAUAGGAACGGUAUCCUAUCUUCGAUUCUGAAACUAUACGACCAGCAGGGUGCCGCGUAUAACAAUCACAACCACGGCCACUCCCCAUACGGGCGGGGCCAGUAUGGACAUUCCCGGCAGGGCAGCGUCUCCGACGAAUAUAGCGGAUGCGACUAUUCCCCAGACCCUGUCUGGAAACCAUCCCGGCCCAGAAAGUGGUACGAGAAGUCGCCCAGCCAAUCCAGCACUUCCCUCACAGGUUCGCUCAAAAAUGCCUCUCCGAUUAAUAUGCUGAGGCGCUCCCGCAGUAGCGGUGCCGUUACGGGAGCGUCUGGGACACGUCGAUGGGCGAAACCAAAAUUGGAACACGAUAUUCGUAUCACUGUGCAUAUUGAAGAGCUUCUCUCUCGACAAAGUUAUCUCAUCAGACUCUGUCGAGCGUUGAUGAAGUAUGGCGCUCCCACGCACCGCUUGGAGGAAUACAUGCGGAUGACAGCGCGUGUUUUGGAAAUUGACGGUCAAUUCUUGUACAUCCCAGGUUGUAUGAUUAUCUCGUUUGACGAUGCCUCCACGCAUACGACGGAGGUGAAAGUUGUUCGAUCAGACCAAGGCAUUGAUCUUGGUAAACUGGCUGAUGUACACGAGAUCUACAAGGAGGUGAUACACGAUGUGAUUGGUGUGGAGGAAGCCAUCCAGCGACUCGACGAGACCAUGAAGAGACACAACAAGUUUCACAUUCUCUUCCUGAUCUUCGCACAUGGGUGCGCGAGUGCAUCGGUCGGCCCUUUUGCCUUUAAUGCCCGACCAAUCGACAUGCCUAUCGCCUUCCUAUUAGGAUGUCUCUUGGGCGUGCUCCAGCUCAUCUUUUAUCCAAAAUCGAGCCUCUACUCCAACGUCUUCGAGAUCUCGGCAGCUGUACUCACAUCCUUUCUCGCACGCGCUUUCGGAAGCAUACGAUAUCAAGGCGAGCCGCUUUUCUGCUUCUCCGCUCUCGCCCAGGCCGCCAUCGCCCUCAUCUUGCCAGGGUACACCGUCCUCUGCGCCAGUCUCGAGCUCCAAUCCCGCAGCAUCGUCGCCGGAUCUGUACGCAUGGUCUACGCCAUCAUCUACUCACUUUUCCUCGGGUUCGGAAUCACCAUCGGCACCGCUGUCUAUGGACUACUCGACUCCCAAGCAACGACGGCAUAUACAUGCCCCGCCAGUCCAAUCAACAACGAAUACCUUCAGCGCUUCCCCUUCGUACUCCUCUUCACGGCAUGCCUCGCCAUCGUCAACCACGCAAAGUGGAAACAGAUCCCAGUGAUGAUGGUCAUCUCUCUAGCCGGAUACGUCGUCAGCUACUUCAGUUCCAAGCGCUUCUACUCAAAUACGCAAGUUUCAAACGCCCUGGGCGCGUUCGUCAUCGGCGUCAUGGGCAACGUGUACAGUCGAGUCCGUCAUGGUCUCGCAGCUGCUGCCAUGCUACCAGCGAUAUUUGUGCUGGUGCCCUCCGGCCUCGCUGCAAGUGGAUCCCUGAUUUCGGGAAUCACCUCUGCAGAGGAGAUGACCCGGUCGCCCUAUGCCGUUGUCGCUAACGGCACACAGGGCUUCGUGGACGCGGCGAAGAACCUGUCUGCGGCUGAAGCGAGGAAUCAGAGCUAUGGUGUUGUAUUCGAUAUCGGGUACGGCAUGGUUCAGGUGGCUAUUGGUACGACCGUGGGCCUUUUUCUUGCUGCUCUUGUGGUAUACCCGUUGGGUAAGAAGCGGAGUGGGUUGUUCAGUUUCUAG